CCUUCAUUUGCCACAAUGCUCUCAUCCAGUGACUUUGCAUCUGCUUCUUGGGAGCUCGUUGUCCGAGUUGACCAUCCAAAUGAAGAGGAGCAGAAAGACAUCACACUGAGGGUGUCUGGAGACCUGCAUAUUGGAGGAGUGAUGCUCAAGUUAGUAGAACAGAUCAACAUCGCCCAAGACUGGUCAGACUUUGCCCUUUGGUGGGAACAAAAGCAUUGCUGGCUUCUGAAAACGCACUGGACUCUGGACAAAUGUGGAGUCCAAGCAGAUGCAAAGCUGCUCUUCACCCCUCAGCAUAAAAUGCUUCGCCUGCGCCUACCAAAUGUGAAGACGGUGAGACUGCGAGUCAGUUUCUCUGCCGUGGUUUUUAAAGCUGUCAGUGACAUCUGCAAAACCUUGAAUAUUAGAAGAUCAGAAGAACUUUCCUUGUUAAAGCCUCCUGGUGACUACUUUAAAAAGAAGAAAAAAAAAGACAAAAAUAAUAAGGAGCCCAUAAUUGAAGAUAUUUUAAACUUGGAGAGUUCUCCAACAAUUUCAGGCCCACCAGUUAGUCCUGGGUUAUACAGUAAAACCAUGACUCCAACAUAUGAUCCUGUGAAUGGAACUCCAGCGUCAUCCACCAUGACUUGGUUCAGUGACAGCCCCUUGACUGAACAAAACUGCAACAUCCUCGCCUUCAGCCAACCCCCGCAGUCACCAGAGGCAUUGGCUGAUAUGUACCAGUCUCGGUCUCUGGUCGAUAAAGCCAAGCUCAACGCAGGUUGGUUAGACUCCUCACGUUCUCUUAUGGAACAAGGCAUUCAGGAGGAUGAGCAGUUGCUGUUACGAUUUAAAUACUACACUUUCUUUGAUUUGAAUCCCAAAUACGAUGCUGUCCGAAUAAACCAACUCUAUGAACAAGCCAGGUGGGCCAUUGUCCUAGAAGAAAUUGACUGCACAGAGGAGGAAAUGUUGAUCUUUGCAGCACUGCAGUAUCACAUUAGCAAACUAUCAUCAUCAGCCGAAAUACAGGAUUUUACAAAUGAGUCUGAGGUUGAUGAAGUAGAAGCAGCACUUUCUAAUUUGGAAGUGACCCUAGAAGGUGCAAAAGCAGACAACACGUUGGAGGACAUUACUGAUAUCCCUCAACUUGCAGAUAAUCUCAAAUUAUUUAGGCCCAAGAAGCUAAUAUUAAAAGCUUUCAAACAAUACUGGUUUGUCUUUAAAGACACAUCUAUAGCCUACUUUAAAAAUAAGGAACUUGAACAAGGAGAACCAGUAGAAAAACUAAAUCUUAGAGGCUGUGAAGUUGUGCCAGAUGUGAAUGUAGCAGGAAGAAAAUUUGGAAUCAAGUUAUUAAUCCCUGUUGCUGAUGGUAUGAAUGAAGUGUAUUUGAGAUGCGACCAUGAGAAUCAGUAUGCCCAAUGGAUGGCUGCCUGCAUCUUGGCAUCAAAGGGCAAAACCAUGGCAGACAGCUCCUACCAGCCAGAGGUCCUCAACAUCCUCUCAUUUCUGAGGAUGAAAAACCGGAACUCAACAUCUCCAGUGACUUCCAGUCUUGAAAACAUGGACAUCAACCCAGAAUGUUUUGUGUCACCUCGGUGUGCAAAAAAACACAAAUCUAAACAGCUGGCAGCCCGGAUUCUGGAAGCCCACCAGAAUGUGUCCCAGAUGUCCCUGGUCGAAGCCAAGCUGCGGUUCAUUCAGGCAUGGCAGUCUCUACCUGAAUUCGGUCUCACCUAUUACCUUGUCAGAUUUAAAGGAAGCAAGAAAGAUGACAUUCUGGGAGUUUCCUAUAAUAGGUUGAUUAGAAUCGAUGCCGCCACUGGAAUUCCAAUUACAACAUGGAGAUUCACAAAUAUGAAACAGUGGAAUGUAAAUUGGGAAAUCCGGCAGGUGGCGAUCGAGUUUGACCAGAACGUCUCCAUUGCGUUCACCUGCCUGAGUGCAGAUUGCAAGGUCGUGCAUGAAUACAUCGGUGGUUACAUUUUCUUGUCCACCCGCUCCAAGGACCAGAAUGAAACGCUCGAUGAGGACCUGUUCCACAAGUUGACUGGUGGUCAGGAAUGAAGCAAAGCCGGCCACCUUGGACUUACACACCAAGGGUGAGCUAAAGGCAGUCUUCCUUAGAUGAUGGGAUCCGUGGCUUGCACAGUGUGUGGGUUCCAGACUAACAGACAACCACAGGUCACCCCGAUCCUCACCUCAUUUCAAACACACUGCCUUGCACACUCCUUUCCUUACUUUGCCCUGUGCUACCAGCAGUGGAAUGAGCCUCAGUUUCCUUUUCUGUAAAAUGGGAGGGCGGGAGAAAAGGGAAUCUGCAAGUGUAUGGCUAGAAGUUGUCCUUGUGCAUAUCUGCUUUGUUCCUAAGUCAGUGUAAAAAAAAAAUAACAGAAUCUUUAAAAGCAUGAAUAUAGCAAGCAUAUAUUUUAUUCCACAAAAUCAGAUAUGAAAAGAAAUAGGUUGUUCCUUAACUGCUUUUAGUUCCCACCUUGUGAAAAUGGCAGGAGUGUACACAUAAACAUUUUCCCUGGAGGUCAAGGUAUGGAAGUGGUGAGGGCAGAGGUGGGGUUACCUGGCACCAGUUGGUUGCAAGGGGUCAAAACUGAUGGCCCUCAGUGUCAUCAGUCCACACUGACUUGCCAAAGUAACCAUUGACCCAUCUGGUCUUAGACAUUUCCUCUAAGGUUACUGCUGCCACCCACAAGUCCCAUUCCAUCCUGGGGAUCCCUCAGCCACCUUUAAGCCCUUCUCAAUGAUGUGGGUGACACGGGUCCAGGGAACCCAUUCCUCAACUCAGCUCCAUGUUCCACUGCUUCUACUCUGGGUCAGGGCUCAGGAAGACAGGCCCAAUUCUCUCUGUUCAUAAAACCACCUCCCCACAUCCAGACUUCCAAUGAGGUCCCCAUCCCAAAUGGUCAGAAAGAA